UAUUCCCAAGACUGACCAGAGCAGAGAGAGGGAAAAACACAACAACUGAGAAGUUAGACAGAGAACAAGAAACUGAGAGGCACAGAGCUAAAAUGAACCUUCUCCCUAGCUUUUCCAUUGAGACCUGGGCUCUCCUGAUUGCACUGCUAUUUCUCCUGAUACUAUAUGGGAUCUGGCCAUUUGGUUUUUUCAAGAAAUUGGGUAUCCCUGGGCCAAAGCCAUUGCCUUUCUUUGGAACUGUCUUGGAGUAUCGUAAAGGUUUCUUGCAGUUUGACAGUACAUGCUAUGAGAAAUAUGGGAAAAUCUGGGGGUUUUAUGAAGGCAGGCAACCUGUGCUGGCUGUCACAGAUCCAACAAUAAUUAAAACCGUGCUGGUGAAAGAGUGCUUCACCACCUUUACCAACCGGCGGAAUUUAGGUCUAGUGGGAGUGCUGGAGUUGGCUGUCUCCAUGGCUCAGGAUGAGAAGUGGAAGAGAAUUCGUACAGUGCUCUCUCCAACCUUCACCAGUGGGAAGCUAAAGGAGAUGUUUCCCAUUAUCAAGCAAUACGGGGAGGUUUUGGUGAGAAAUGUUCAGAAGAAAGCAGAAAAGGAUGAGCCCGUGGACGUGAAGGACAUCUUUGGAGCCUACAGCAUGGAUGUUGUCACUAGCACUUCCUUCGGUGUGAACACUGACUCCAUGAACAACCCCAAAGAUCCUUUUGUCAAGGAAAUCAAGAAGCUAGUGAAGUUUGACUUGUUUCACCCACUCUUCAUUUUGAUAUUUGUAUGCCCGUUCCUCAUUCCCCUUCUUAAGAAGAUGGAUGUGAAUGUUUUCCCCAAAGAUGCCAUAGAAUUCUUCACAAAGUCGAUCGCCAGAAUGAAGGAGGACCGUGAAAAAGAGGCCAAAGGGGGCCGAGUGGAUUUCCUGCAGCUGAUGAUGGAAUCCCAGAACUCUAACACUAGCUAUGAAAGCAAUGGAGUGACUCACACAUAUAAAGGCCUGACUGAUACUGAGAUUUUGGCACAAGCGCUUAUUUUCAUUUUUGCUGGAUAUGAGCCCACCAGCAACUCCCUUUGCUACCUGGCUUACAAGCUGGCCACCCACCCUGAUGUGCAGCAGAAGCUGCAGGACGAGCUAGACUCAGUUUUACCAAACAAGGCUCCUCUCACCUACAAUGCCCUGAUGCAGAUGGAGUAUCUCGACAUGGCAGUGAAUGAAAUCCUUAGGCUGUUUCCUCUUGGAGGACGACUUGAAAGGGUCUGCAAGAAAGACGUAGAGAUAAAUGGACUGACCAUUCCAAAAGACACUGUGGUUAUGAUCCCACCCUCUGUUCUGCAUCGUAUCCCAGAAUACUGGCCAGAACCAGAGGAGUUCAGACCGGAAAGGUUCAGUAAAGAGAACAAAGAGGUCCUGGAUCCAUACACAUACCUGCCUUUUGGAGCUGGUCCCAGGAACUGCAUUGGAAUGAGGUUUGCUCUCCUCUCCAUGAAAGUUGCUAUCGCCAGUCUGCUGCAGAAUUUCACCUUCAGACCCUGCAAAGAAACCCAGAUCCCGCUCAAGCUGAAUUACCGGGGAUUCCUGAUACCAGAGAAACCUAUUGUUCUGAAGUUAGUCCCCAGAGCUUAUACCUCACACCCAGAGGAAUAAGACCCAACAGAGUUCACAGCAGCUCUCCAGAGUACCAGCAGAGGCUUUACAUCAUUGGGUCUCUGCCACAGAUGCAGAAGAAGAGCUUCCGUUCAUUCCGAAGGCAUUUACUAAAUAUCUACAGAAAAAUUGUGACUAUCAGAAAUGUAAACCUGGACAGUGACUGUAAAUAGUUUUUAUACCAUCAGAUUUAGAGAAUGUAUGUAAAGGAAAAAUUCUACUGAGGCACAGCUCUGCUUCCCUGACUCCUUUCUAGUGAGAUUCCUCCAUCUGGAGAGGGAAUUACUGUCACUUACUUUGUUCACUUCUGCCUUGAAAAAAUAUUCAGUCUGGACCCUUGAAAUUACCCACAUACAGCAUCUUCCAUUUAAUUUACUGAAUUUGGUCCUUCAUUUAACUUGAUCAAAGCUUCCGUUCUUACUGUAAAAUGUAUUACAAAUAAUACGACUCCUACCUAGUAUUUUGGUUAAGUGGAUCACUUUAGGGCAGGGUUAUUAAUCUGAUCACUAACCACACAAUGUUGCCAUUUAAUCAAUAAAGCAGAGCAAAAUUCUGAAUGUGGGAGAGACCAAGGAAGAGCCAUACGACAAUGAACAAGAUGACUGCAAUGAAAGUUGCACUAUUUAGGCAUUGUUAUUGACACUGUAGGCACUGCUAUGUGCUAGGCACUCUGUGAUAUGAGCCCUACUUAUUGUAUGGGUUGCAAGA